UUGAACAGAGGUUUAAUUAAUGUCGUUGCAACACGUUCUGUACAUUUUCAUCGUCGAAUGUUUCAUGCUUAUGAUUGGCAUAAUGGAUGAAGUUUAACGUAAUGUAAAAAUAUGUUUCUUUCUUGCCGUUAUGAAGGUUUCAACCUAAUACGACAAGUUUAUAGGGUUAUGAGACUACUUGUCUUACUCGUAUACAGAGCUGCCUUGAAUUUUAGUGCAAUGAAAUAUGAACUUUAAGGAGUUCGAUGCCACGACGAAGUGCAGUAUGGGUGACAGUGAUGAUGACAGAGAUGGAUCGUCGGACGCUGGCAUUGACCUCACAGGUUUCUUGUUUGGUAACAUAGAUGAGUCAGGUCAAUUGGAGAACGAUGUGUUGGAUAAUGAAUCAAAGAGACAUCUUGCAUCCCUUAGCAGACUUGGCUUGAGUUCCAUCCUUAAAGAGGUGAUAGAUGAAGAACAAGUGAAGGUCAGAAGUGACAGUGAUUCUGAAGAGAACAGAGAACAAGAACCACAAGAUGCAUCUGAAACCAACAGAGAUGAAAACUAUGACAUCAAGUCACCUUCUGCAGUGGAUUACUCAGACAUAAAUGAAUUGGCGGACGAUGUGUCUGAGGUAAAAGAGACUCGGCAGUCUGACACACUAAUAAAGACAGAAGAUGGAACGGAUUAUGAUGCUGAUGAUGAAGAUACGUGUUUGAAGUCUGAUAUCCAGCUGAUGCCUCCUCCACCUCUACCAUGUGCGGAGAAAGACAGUAACAUUUAUGAAUAUGAAGCGAGUGCGGAGGCCAGGCGGCGGAAACUAGACACACCUUUAGCAGCAAUGUUACCUUCCAAGUAUCAGAAUGUUGAUGUUACAGAAAUUUUCCCAGACUUUCGUGUGGAUAAGGUGCUGUGUUUCUCACGAUUAUUUGGUCCGGGGAAACCAAGUAGCCUGCCGCAGAUCUGGCGCAGCGUACGGAAGAGACGGCGGCGACGUAAGCAGCAUCACCACGAUCACUCCGAUUCUGGAUCUGAUCAAGACAAUCAGCGGGAGAGGAAGAGGGGAUGGACAUUUAACUUUGCACCACCACCAACACCAAACAUGUGCAAGUCUGAUGAUGAGGACAAACUUCUGUGUCCAGUCGAAGACAAAUCACAGACUGGCAAUCAGGGACUUGGAGAGAGCAAUGAUAUGGGACCAAAGGUAGCUGACUGGAGGUUCGGCCCUGCACAGGUCUGGUAUGACAUGCUGGAGGUACCUGAAACAGGCGAUGGGUUCAAUUAUGGCUUCAAACUUAAAGAUAAGCGGCCUGAUGAGGAAGAGGAUCAAAGAGUAUCUGAAGACUUCCCUGACGAAUCUUACUUGAUGGUGUCACAGCUGCACUGGGAGGAUGAAGUGGUGUGGAAUGGCGACGAUAUCAAGCAUAAAGUGAUGCAGAAAUUGAACUGUAAAACAAACGCUGCUGGAUGGGUACCCAGCAGUGGCAACCGGACUGCUCAGGCGUUCAGCCAACCAGGCAAGGGAGUACCACAUAUUCCAGGAGGGACAGUGAGGCUGGCCUCAAGUCAGCUUGCAGGGCCGUCUGCAUCUGCAAACAAGCAGAACAAGACGUCUCACAUGUUGUUGAACAAUAAGCACCCUCAGCGAACAGAGGAUAAUAUUGACGACACCUGGUAUUCCAUCUUUCCUGUUGAAAAUGAAGAGCUGGUUUAUGGUGCAUGGGAGGAUGAAGUUAUAUGGGAUUCAGAGAAUAUGACCCAUAUCCCAAAACCAAAGAUUCUGACAUUGGAUCCCAAUGAUGAGAACAUCGUGUUAGGUAUUCCUGAUGACAUAGACCCAGCAAAACAGCGAAGCGAUUCUGUGGUUCCUACAAAGGUUAAGAUUCCACAUCCACAUGUGAAGAAAUCUAAAAUUCUCCUUGGUAAAGCUGGUGUGAUCAAUGUGAUGGAGGAAGACACGCCACCGCCACCACCAAAGUCGCCAGACAGAGAUCCCUUCAACGUCUCCAAUGACAGACAUUACUUGCCACGAUCCUCAGAGUCUUCACUGCGACUUAAAGUGGGAGGUGGCAACCUGAUUCAGCACUCUACCCCUGUAGUAGAGCUGCGUGCACCUUUUGUGCAGACCCACAUGGGUCCGAUGAGACUGCGUAACUUCCAUCGUCCACCCAUGAAGAGGUUCUCGCAUGGAAUUCUUGCACAUCCUGGGCCUCACACAGUGCUGCCACUUCUGAAACACAUCAAGAAAAAGGCAAAGCAACGAGAGCAAGAACGUGCUGCAUCUGGAGGUGGAGAUGUGUUCUUCAUGAGGACUGCUGAAGAUCUCACAGGACGGGAUGGAGAUUUGGUUCUAAUAGAGUUCUGUGAAGAGCAUCCCCCGCUCAUAAACCAGGUCGGAAUGUGUUCAAAAAUAAAGAAUUACUACAAACGAAGGGCCGGCAAGGAUCAGGGGCCACAAGAGUACCGAUAUGGAGAAGUAGCAUAUGCUCAUACUUCUCCCUUUCUGGGGCAUUUGCCCCCUGGGCAGUCACUGCAGGCAGUGGAAAAUAACAUGUAUCGAGCCCCAAUAUAUGAGCAUAAAGUUCAGGAUACUGAUUUCCUUGUCAUCAGAACAAGGCAACAAUACUACGUUCGAGAGAUAGAUGCCCUUUUUGUUGCUGGCCAAGAGUGCCCCUUGUAUGAGGUUCCUGGCCCUAACUCAAAACGAGCCAACAACUUUGUUCGAGAUUUCUUGCAGGUUUUCAUAUAUCGUCUGUUCUGGAAGAGCCGAGACUUGCCUCGCAGGAUAAAGAUGGACGAUAUUAAAAGAGCAUUUCCUUCUCAUUCUGAGAGCAGUAUCAGGAAGAGGUUAAAGCUCUGUGCUGAUUUCAAGAGAACAGGCAUGGAUUCUAACUGGUGGGUCAUCAAGCCUGACUUCCGGCUCCCGACAGAGGAAGAAAUCCGUGCCAUGGUCUCCCCAGAGCAGUGCUGUGCAUACUUUAGCAUGAUUGCAGCUGAACAGAGACUCAAGGAUGCUGGCUAUGGAGAGAAGUUCUUGUUUACUCCUCAAGAAGAUGAUGAUGAGGAAAUGCAGUUGAAAAUGGAUGAUGAAGUGAAGGUCGCCCCUUGGAAUACGACUCGUGCUUAUAUUCAGGCGAUAAAGGGGAAGUGCCUUCUGCAGCUUACGGGACCUGCGGAUCCUACAGGCUGCGGGGAAGGCUUCUCGUAUGUCAGGGUCCCGAACAAACCAACACAAAGUAAGGAGGAGCAGGAAGCGCAACCAAAGAGAACCGUAACAGGAACAGAUGCUGAUUUGAGGAGGCUGUCUCUCAACAACGCGAAGGCUUUACUCAGAAAGUUUGGGGUGCCUGAAGAAGAGAUCAAGAAACUGUCUCGUUGGGAAGUUAUUGACGUUGUACGAACGUUGUCUACUGAGAAGGCCAAGGCUGGAGAAGAAGGGAUGACCAAAUUCUCAAGAGGGAAUAGGUUUUCAAUUGCUGAACAUCAAGAAAGGUACAAAGAAGAGUGCCAGAGGAUAUUUGACCUUCAGAACAGGGUGUUGUCAUCCAAUGAAGUACUGUCUACAGAUGAAGGAGAAAGUUCUGAUGAAGACAGUUCUGACAUAGAAGAAAUGGGCAAAAAUAUUGAAAAUAUGCUGUCAAAUAAAAAGACAAGUACACAGCUUUCGCUGGAGAAAGAAGAACAAGAACGACAAGAACUGAGGAAGAUGAUCAUGGGUGAAGGUGGUGAUCAGGACCAAAGGAAAGGGAAGGACAAAAAAAAGGACGAUGAUGACAACCAGUCCCUGGCCGGGUACAGUUCACAGCCCGGUCGAGUGUUGAAAAUCUACCGUACGUUCCGUAAUGCAGAGGGUAAAGAAUUCACUCGAGUGGAACUCGUUCGAAAGCCCGCGGUUAUCGACACUUACAUGAAAAUUCGAACCACCAAGGAUGAAGCAUUCAUCCGCCAGUUUGCAACACUGGAUGAACAUCAGAAAGAAGAGAUGAAGAGAGAGAAACGUCGCAUCCAGGAGCAGUUGCGACGUAUCAAACGUAACCAGGAACGAGAACGCUUGAUGGGAAUCCGUGCAACAAACCCUAGUAAUCUAACAGUGGGUGCCACCCCAGAGGGAGCAGCUGUGGCACCAAGUGGUGUGACUGCUGUUCCUGGUGUGCUACCAAACCCACUGGCACAUACGCCUCUCAUUGCACACCCUCAUCAUCCACCGCACACGACAACCCCCAAGAGAAAGAAACCAAAGCUGAAACCUGACCUCAAGCUAAAGUGUGGAGCUUGUGGAAAUGUGGGUCACAUGAGGACAAAUAAGGCAUGUCCCCUGUAUCAGCCAUCUGCCCCAGCACCUCCUGUGAAUGUUGCAUUGACCGAAGAACAAGAGGAGGAGAUUGAGAAACAGCUCAAUGCUGACGAUGAGGAUCUUGUCAACGUGGACGGCACGAAAGUGAAACUUUCAGGAAAACUACUCAAGCAUGCUGAAGAAAUGAAGCGCCGAACUCUGCUGCUUAAAGUGCCCAAAGACGCUGUUAAUUCGAGGAAAAAGCGGCGUGCAGUUAAUGAGAUGCACUGUGACUAUUUGAAACGUCAACAGCGACCAGCAAACAGGCGACGCACGGAUCCAGUGGUGGUACUGUCAACCAUUCUGGAGUCCAUACUCAAUGAAAUGAGGGAUUUGCCAGAUGUUCAGCCAUUCUUGUUCCCUGUGAACGCCAAGGUACGGUCAAACUUUGCUGUUCCAGAUUAUCACAAAAUUGUAACUCGUCCAAUGGACCUUCAGAGCGUGAGGGAAAAUCUGAGACAAAAGAAGUACCAAAGUCGGGAAGAAUUUCUUUCAGACAUUAACCAGAUAGUUGAAAACUCCACUCUGUACAAUGGCGCCAAGAGCUCGUUGACAGUGGCAGCACGGAGGAUGUGGACGUUGUGCGUGGAUAGGCUAGGAGAGAAGGAAGAGCGAUUGAUGCGGCUUGAGAAGGCGAUCAAUCCGCUACUAGAUGACAAUGACCAGGUGGCUCUGUCGUUCAUACUUGACAACAUAGUCAAUAACAAACUGAAGGGAAUGUCAGAGUCGUGGCCAUUUGUGAAACCUGUCAACAAGAAGCUUGUCAAGGACUACUACAAUGUUGUCAAGUAUCCGAUGGAUCUGGAAACCAUUGCCAAGAAAGUUUCCUCGCACAAGUAUCACAAUCGUUACGAGUUUCUGGCAGACAUAGAGCGUAUACUGGAGAACUGCAUUCUGUAUAAUGGCAAAGACUCGACUUACACGCAGAAGGCCGAGAAGAUGGUGAAUGUAUGCCGCACCACACUAGAUGAGUAUGGAGACCACCUGACACAGCUGGAGCGGAGCAUUUCACUUGUGCAGGAGCGUGCCCUUGAACAGGCCGAGAUUGAUUCAAUUGGAACUUGGCUUGGAGGUGAAGAAGAGAAUUACACCAUUGUAGAGACAGAUCAUCUUCGAGGCGGGAGCCAGGCAAGUUCACCCGACAAUAUUUAUGGCAAGUCACACCUCGAUGAUUUUGACUUUGUGGAUGUCGAGGGAGAUAUGGAAGCGGAGAUGAUACGAGGAAUGUCCAGACAGAGGAAGAAGGAUGUCUUAGCAGAAGAUUUACAGUUCUCGAGCGAGGAGGAAGGGGAUGACAUACCUCUGUCUGAAGGAGACCCAGACCAGAUGCCUGAUGAUGACAGUCAGCAGGCAGCUGAAGCAAUGGUUCAGCUUGGAAACAUAGGCUACUACCCACCGGCAUCAGGGGUCACAAAUGAACAAGAGGAGAGUAUGGACGUCGAUCCAAACUAUGACCCAUCGGACUUCCUACUGCACGGUCUGCCCCAGCAGAGAGCUGCACAACUAGCGGGACAGGUCUCAGUUCACGACAAGAUACACGAUGACCUUGAAGUCAGCGAGUCUGAUGACGAGAUACGUACAGUUACUGCAAGCAUUAGUGAACCUGUAAAACGAGAGGCAGAUGAAGAGGAUGAUGGUGGAGACCUCUGGUUCUAAGACUGAUUCAGUGUUUGUUACAUUUUAUUUUAGCAUUAUCUUGUACAUAACAGAUUUAUAAUUAUAAUUUGUGGAAUAAAUAGUAGUAUAAUAAACGUA